AUGAAUUGGAAACAGUUGUCAGAAAAGUUCAUGAACUGCGAUACGAUAAACAUCACCGACGAGAAAUGGAAGAAGAUCCGGAGAGCUACAGUACCAGCACGUAUGCCAGACACCGCGGUGGAUCAGAAUAAGAAUGAACAAACUGAUUGUAUAGUUGCCUUUGGAUCACCAACAUGUUUAGUUUUCUUUGAAAGACCCGAUGCAUUGAGUGCAAUUAAAACAAAAGAGAGAGUGUGUGAGAUGACUUGUAAUUCUCAUUCACAAUCACAAUCUCACAACAACAAUAACAAUAAUAAUAGCAAUAAUAAUAAUAAUAAUAGUAAUAAUAUUAUUGUAAAUUAUAUAAGUGUAGUUGAUAAAAAAGAGGAAGAAUUAAAAGAAAAAGAAGAAGAACUUCAAGAUAGUAACUAUAUUGAUAAUGAAUUAGAUAUGCAUAUACCAAAUAUAUUUGAUUUACCUACAGAGAUACUACUGUUGAUAUUCACACCAAAUACGAACGAUAUCACAAUAGAAAACAGUAGUAAUAGUAAUAAAAAGACAUCGAAUAAUUAUGAAUAUUAUCUAGGUGGUUCUCAAUCAUCUUUACCAACAACUUCUAGUAAUAAUAAUAAUAAUGAUAACAAUAGCAACAAUAGUAAUAAAGAUGACAAUUCAAAUCAACAACUACAACAACAAUUAGAUAGAUAUGAUUUCGAAAAAGAAAGAAUCGAUAGUAUAAAUAGUAUAUUGAAUUUCUCUAUCACCUAUAUUCUCACUGGCGAUAAAAGAUUCCGUUAUUCUGAGUUCUGGCGACGACACCAUCAAGGUUUGGAACAAAAAGCGAAUGGUUCCGAUUCACGACUUGAAAGAGCAUACGCGUGGCGUCAACACAAUGUCGAUUCACAAUCAUCAUCUGGUGAGUGGAUCGUCGGACAAGACCAUCAAGAUAUGGGAUUUGAAUACGAUGCAAUGCGUCUCGACGAAAUCGAACCAGUCGACAGGCAAACGACGGGAACAGACUAUGUCCAUAUAAACCUGUGGGACAUCAGAGAGAACGAUCAAGUUAGAAUCAUAAAGAAUGCACAUAAAUGGGAGGUUUGGCAACUCAAUAUGUGCGGCGGCUAUCUAUUCAGUGGUUCAUUCGACCACACCAUAAAGACAUGGGAUUUAAGAACAUUCCAAAAUCAACGCACCAUUACAGGUCACCGUAGUUAUAUUCACGCACUCACCAGUUCUUCUUUCCAUCUUUUCAGUGGUUCAGCUGAUAAAUUUAUCAAAGUAAAUAUACCGUUUGGUCACCUCGAUAAAAGUAAUGACCAUUAA